AUGCCUGGCAGCACUCGUGUUAUAUAGCUUCACGUUUGUUUCUUUGUUUGUUUGUUUAGUGUUUUUCCUUAAUUAAAAGAAGAAUGUAUGCUUAUCACGCUGCGACCUUGGUCUCAUCAAUGUGACGAACGUGACAAUUUGAUAAGUGUUCCAAAGGAUAAGUGAGGGACACGUUCAAUAACCUGGUCCUCUUCGGCAAAGCCACCUACGACAAACUGCUCAAGGAAGUGCCCAACUACAAACUCAUCACCCCAACUAUUGUAUCUGAAAGGCUAAAGGUCAGAGGCUGUCUCGCCAGGGUAGCCAUCCAGGAACUGCUGUCUAAAGCUGGUGUCCAAGCACAGAGCACAGGUGAUCUACACAAGGGGCACUGAGGAGGGUGAAGGUGCAGAAAAGGAGGAGAAGGAAGGUUGUAGGUAGCCUAUUCUGCAACAGUGCACUGACAACUGUCCUUCUCAGCUGAUGGUUUUGCAGCAAUACCCCCCACCAGCAGAGGGUGCUGAAGGCCCGGACACAGAGGAGCAGAAUGAUGAUCACAGGCUGGGGGUCUAUGGCUGGAGGAAGCGCUGCCUCUAUCUGCUGGUGCUUCUCCUGCUCUCCACCCUGCUGGUCAACAUUGCCCUGACAAUCUGGAUCCUCAGGGUCACCUGUCUCAACACAUUAAAGACCAUCAAGGCAUGUCGGCAGUCUCACAAAACACUUCAGAGGUACGAUAAGGAAGGAAUGGGACAGCUGAGAAUAGCAUCAGAUCGGGUGAGGCUUGAUGGAGUGUCCGAGUUCCUCUUCUCUCUCUACGCCCAAGAGAUACACUCCAAACAGGACACCUCCCUUCUUAUCCACUCUGAGUCCCAGAAUGUCACGCUUCAAGCCUGCAAUGGAAAAGGAGGUGUGUUAGGUAGCCUUAACCUGGGUCCACAAUCCAUGGAAAGCGUAGGACAACAUUUUGAGGUGAUGACAAGCACUGGGAAAUUGUUAUUUUCUGCUGGUACAGAACAGGUAGUUGUUGGAGCGGAUAAGCUAACCAUUACAGGGUCUGAUGGUGCUCAGUGUGAACAUUCCAUAGAGACAUCCCUGGUCAGGGCAGAGCAUUCCAUGGACUUGAGGCUAGAGGCCCCCACCCGGUCCCUCCACCUGGAUGCUCCAAAGGGAGUCCACAUCAAAGCAGUGUCCGGCAGCGGCCAGGCCGUGUCCAGCAUGGACAUCUCUCUACUCUCUAUGGACGGAGUGUUGAUUCUGGAUGCUGAGAGGGUGCAGCUGCCCAGGUUACCUCUGAGUGGAGAAGGAGAGAAAGGGAGUCCUGGGGAGCAGUUGUAUGAAGUGUGUGUGUGUCCUGAUGGAAGACUGUACCUGUCCAAAGCUGGUCACACCUCCACCUGCCAUGACAACAGUCACAAUUGUUAAAAGACCACACUCUAUUUAUUAUCUUGAGAUUUUGUAUUUACCUGGGAUCAUCUUUAUACAUACAUCAUCAUCAUUGUGCAGUCAGUCAUGUCUUGCCUGAAAAUUAUGCAAAGUGCAUAUUAGAAAAAUAUGAAAGUUCAGAACUUUUAAUAAAACAACAUUUGUAUAUUUUAA